UUCUUGGCCUUGUGGGGCCACCUCCUGCAGGCCCCUCCACCCUCAGGGCAGCCAUCGGAGCAUGGGUCCCUCCUGAUUCUGCUCUCCACCGAUGUUCCUCACGGUCAAGCUCCUCCUGGGCCGGAGAUGCAGCGUGAAGGUGUCAGGGCAGGAGAGCGUGGCCACGCUGAAGAAGCUGGUGUCCGAGCGGCUGCAGGUGCCGGAGGAGCGGCAGCACCUGCUCUUCCGCGGCCAGCUUCUGGCGGAUGACAAGCGUCUCUCCGACUACUGCAUCGGGCCCAAUGCCUCCAUCAACGUCAUCAUGCGGCCCCCGGAGAAGGCGGCGCCCGCCGAGGCCCUCCGGCCCCAGCCCCUGUGGCACCAGCUGCGCCGGGUCCUGGCCAAGCACUUCAGACCGCAGGACGCCAAGGCGGUGCUGCGGCUGCUGAGGCGGGAGCACGAGGAGCGCCUGCGGAGGAUAAGCCUGGGGCACCUGGAGCAGCUGGCCCGGGACCUCCUGACGGAGGAGGAGCUGCUGGAGGAGCCGGCGGGGGAGGAGGAGUCUGCGGCUGUGGCCUCAGUGCCCAGAGAAGAGGGGGAAGGAGUGGGGGAGGGGGGGACUGACCGGUAA